AAAAAUUUUUACAUGUAUUUUUAAAAUAUCGCUUUGUUUUUUUUUGGAAAUUUAAAUGUACCUGUUUUAAUUUCUUCGCAUGAAUUGAUGCUUAAAGUAAUGUUAAUUUUGAAGUUUCCUAUUUUUCAUUUCACACACCUUUUAGCGUGGCUCUUUGAGAUUGCAUGAUUGCAUUCAUAAAAAAAGAAAAGUCCUGGAUAAAGUGACUAACAUUAGUAAAAAGAAUGGCGACUAACUCGAAAGUGCCAACUGGUCUCUGGCUACCAACUAAAAACUUGAAUUUUCACUUGAGUAAGGAGAGAUAUUUUGAAAAGAUAAGAAUGGUCAAGUAAGGAUAAACCAUAGAAACAACAUCAAAAGUAAGGAAGAGAGGUUGUUCUAACUAGGGAAAAAGGACAGAAACAUUGAAAUUUAGGAACUUCAAGACCAUUUCUAUUUUUUAAGUUAAAAAUUGAUGUAAAUCAAUAAUAUUUGUAAAAUAGCAUAUGAUUUCAAUUCCGACUAAAACCGCUGACUUAAAUCACUUAAUUUAAAUCACGACGGGGUUCGCCCACAAAAUCCCCUUCGCUGGUGCCCUGGUUGAGGAGUUUUAUUAUUGAUUUCUUUUGUUGAUGAUUCUUAAAUACUAAAAUAUUCUACAAUUGUUUGCAGAAUAGUAUGAGAAACGUAAAAUUUUAUAUUCAUAAUGAAACCAAUAAUAAAUGACAGUCAACACCACCCUUCAGAAGUACUACUAUACAAUACACUCAGUUCUCGAUGUUAUCUUCAUUUUACUGCUCAACAUCUUCCACGGUAGCACAUUUUAAACACCUAUUUCCCCUCAAUUUUCUUCGACAGUUAUCCGUUGUCGAAUCUAUUAUUGAACCAGAGCGAAAAGAGAGGGCAAGUGCCCCCUCUUUUCUUUUCCCUGGUAUAAGGGUAUUUCUGUGGAAACAACUGGCGAAUGGCAUCUGGGACCAAAUAAUAAGAAACACGAAAUGAUGAAAAGAAAGAACAGCAAGCAGAAAGAAAAAAGAAAAAUUCAUGGGGAAGGAAAGCUUGAGCAGCAGCAUCUUGGCAUUGAAGGAGCCAGGAGGGUAAGAAGGGGAGGAGGACUUAACAUCCUCCGGCUAGCAGCUGUCGGUUGGGAGGGGGGUAAAAGGGGACAUUUGAGAUGCUGCCAGCCACGUGGGGCAGAGGCCGAUUAGAAAGCGGCAGCUGCUAUACUCGACCUACUCACUGCAUUUCUGGAUCUUAAGACGGCGUCUUCUCCUCUAGCUGCCAAACACUCUUCAGUUUCAGUACCAGUAGUCACUUGCAUCGCAGGAGAAGAGGGAGCAUGAUACAACUUGUCCUCAAAGCCUUGUCAACGUGCUUGCCGGGAGAGAGUGCAUACUGAUGGAAUGUUUAUGAAUCCCCCUCAUUGGAUGUUGGAAUUCUGUGAAAAUUCGUGUGACUUUUUGUUUUAAAGAUAGUGAAACGUUUUAAAUUGCGACUUUUGGAUAACUUAAAUAUUUUUGGAGACUUGCAUUUAAUUGAAGUCAUUGACCAUGUAUUCAGUUUCUGUUCUAUUUAUUUCAUUCUUAAGUUGUGUGCUCGGUAGCCACAUUGCAUCUUUGCAACUGGAAAGCAUGCUAAUGGGCCUUCAACAAGAAGUGAAAGAACUUCAAAAAGAGAGGCAACAAGAUAAUGAAGCUAUUCGUAGAUUGCAAGAGAAAGUGCGUUAUUUCGCAAGAACAAAACAUGAUGAAUCUUCUGCAGAGCAUCAACUGGAGGCCUUCCUCGGGGUGGAGGAACAUUUGAGGAAUGCGAACGUAAUGAACCGCGACAGGGCUACUGAAGGGAGAAAUUCAGAAUUGAAACAUCUGAAUGAUGAGCUCCUGAGUCUUCGUUCUGAAUUAUUGAUGACGCCUGAAGUUGAUGAUAACCAUGGAUCGGACUUGAGAACUGAAGUUAAUUUUUUGCGGAAAGAGUUGUUAAGUUUACGGAAGCAAAUGGAAGAAGGAGAUGUCCGUAAUAAGGAAGAAGUUCGUACAUCAUCCGGACGAGUUGCUGUCCACUGGCUUCAAAAGACAGUGGAAGAUCUACGACAUGAAAUGAAAGAGAUGGCCAUUUCUUUAAAUACGACUGCGGCCUUAGCUGAAAAAGAGAGGACGCACACCUCUUUAGAACUUUUGCGUUCUGACAUUGAAGCUCUUGGACAUCGCAUGGAUAGUGUCCGAUUGGAUCGGGAAAAGAAUGCUGCUGUUAUUGUGGAAAUGAAGGAAGAUGUGGAGGAUUUAAGAAAGAGAUUGCAAGCAUCAUCCGCUGACCAAAGCAAAUUGAUGUCAGAGGUAAGCGGCAUUUUUAAAUUUUGAAAUCGAUUUAUUAUAAUGCAUUUUAAUGUUAAAAGUUUGAGUAUUCAUUACAAUUGUGUGACGAUAUGCCUGCAUUUUUGUCUGCUUGUCGUUCUUAGGAGUUUAGCAAAUUAACUGUCUAUUAUAUUUUCGUUACAAAGCUAUAUAUAAAAAAUCCUUUUCAGUAACAAAUGCAAGGGAUAAUUUUGCAAGCUGCAGUUUAGUGUGUAAUCUAUUUCACUAAAGCAAUAUUGGUGAGAAAAUGUCAAAUGUCUUACUUAUAAAUAAAGUCAAAUCAAUUGUGAGAACCAACUUGCAUGCUUUGGUAUGCUUUAUGAUCUGUUUUCUUUUGACAGACUUGAGUUUACUUCUUUGGAUUUCUUCUUUUUAAAAAUUCUGAAGUAAGUUUUCUUAAUAUGAUUUUUUUUGAAGCAUGGUAUAAAAUGUUAAUUCAAAACCUUCAUAUUUUAACUAGAGAUAUGUAAAUUCUUCCUUUCUUACUCUUAUUCUUAAAAGCCUUUCUUAGUACAAUAUCGACGGCAUCGGCAUCAAAAGUUAUUUUCAUAUUUUACAUUUGUAUACAUUAAAAUUUAACUAACCUUACAUUUUCAAAAAUAUAAAGGAAAAAUUGCAUAUUCUGCGAUUUUUAGAGCUAACCAUUAGUCAAAAACACAUUAAUGUUGGGAUUUUUCUCAUCUACGAGAAAUGCUCUAUUUCAAGUUGUUUAUAAAAGCUAAUGUUAUAAAUAAGUACUAUAAGUCUUGAAAAGUUAUUAUUAAUUUUUAAGUAUUCUUAUUUAUCUGAUAUUUCGAUUUUUUUCCAAUUUUAAAAAGCACAGAGUAAUUAUCGCUAUUAAAAUAUUUUUUCUAUUUUAUUAAACUGUAUAACCUUACGAGAUAAUUACCAAAUAAAAAGCAUUUACGUUGAACGGAAGUAAAUCAGAGAAGGUGAUGGAGACAGACAGAAGCG